AAAUAUACUUUUAUGGUCCUUUCUAUGCCUGUGGCGCAACCGGUGGCUCUGGAAGGUUCUGGUGAGAUCGGGAGACUGAGCUAAAUCGGAACCCAUCCUGCAGUAUUUCAAUCUUAAGUGAAUCGGUGGUACAAUUAUUUCAUAAAGAAAUAGUUCGGGAUCCCAACUACACAAAUAUUAUCAAGGAUGCCGGCACCAAAGGCUCUAAUGCCAGGGAGACACAAAGGAGGGGCAUAUGUUGACCGUGACAAGCCCACACAGAUUCGAUUCAGUAACAUUAAUGCAGCAAAAGCUGUCGCCGAUGCCAUCAGAACGAGUUUGGGGCCAAAGGGCAUGGACAAAAUGAUUCAGGAUGGGAAGGGAGACGUCACUAUUACCAACGAUGGUGCUACCAUUUUGAAACAGAUGCAAGUUAUCCACCCUGCAGCAAAAAUGUUGGUUGAGCUGUCCAAAGCUCAGGACAUCGAGGCCGGGGAUGGCACCACAUCUGUGGUGGUGAUUGCCGGAGCUCUCCUGGAAGCCUGUGCCAGACUGUUACAGAAAGGUAUCCACCCCACCAUUAUCUCUGAGUCCUUCCAGAAGGCAGUGGACAAGGGUGUGGAGGUGCUGGAGUCCAUCAGCACGCCAGUGCUGCUGAGUGACCGCGAGACGCUGUUCAACAGCGCCACCACCUCCCUCUGCUCCAAGGUGGUGUCGCAGUACUCCAGCCUGCUGGCGCCCAUGUGCGUGGACGCAGUCAUGCAGGUCAUCGACCCAGCCACCGCCACCACCGUCGACCUGCGCGACAUCAACAUUGUAAAGAAGCUCGGAGGCACCAUUGAUGACUGUGAGAUGGUGGAUGGGCUGGUCCUUACCCAGAAGGUGGUGAACUCCGGGCUGUCCCGCAUGGAGAAGGCCAAGAUCGGCCUCAUCCAGUUCUGCCUGUCCCCUCCCAAGACAGACAUGGACAACCAGAUUGUAGUGUCAGACUACGCACAGAUGGACCGGGUCCUCCGCGAGGAGCGUGCUUAUAUCCUCAACCUGGUCAAACAGAUCAAGAAGGCGGGCUGCAACGUCCUGCUCAUCCAGAAAUCCAUCCUCAGGGAUGCGCUUAGUGAUCUCGCCCUGCACUUCCUCAACAAGAUGAAGAUCAUGGUCAUCAAGGAGAUCGAGAGAGAGGAGAUUGAGUUCAUCUGCAAGACCAUUGGCACCAAGCCCGUCGCCCACAUCGACCAGUUUGCCCCCGAGAUGCUGGCCACUGCUGAGCUGGUAGAGGAGGUGAGCCUGGACGGCUCUGGCAGACUGGUGAAGAUCACUGGCAUUACUAACCCAGGAAAGACCGUGAGCAUCGUUGUGCGCGGGUCUAACAAACUGGUGAUCGAAGAGGCCGAGCGAUCCAUCCACGAUGGCCUCUGCGUCAUCCGCUGCCUCGUAAAGAAGAGGGCCCUCAUAGCGGGCGGUGGUGCUCCUGAGAUUGAGCUGGCGCUGCGUCUGGCGGAGUAUUCCCGCACUCUGGCUGGCAUGGAGGCCUACUGCGUGCGGGCUUAUGCCGACGCCCUGGAGGUCAUCCCGUCCACGCUGGCCGAGAACGCCGGCCUCAACCCCAUCUCCACGGUGACGGAGUUGCGCAACAGACACGCCCAGGGGGAGAAGACAGCCGGGAUCAACGUCCGCAAGGGCGGAAUCUCUAACAUUCUGGAAGAGCUGGUGGUGCAGCCUCUGCUGGUGUCCGUCAGUGCCCUCACCCUCGCCACGGAAACGGUGCGCUGCAUCCUGAAGAUCGACGAUGUGGUGAACACCCGAUAAGGAGUGACGUCGGAAGACCCGUGUCAACACUCCCGUCUUUGACUGUGCUUGCGAGAGAACCACCCCCUUCAAACGUCUUACGAAAUGUUUAGUUGUCACCUUGCGUAAUGUAAUAAAAACGUUUGUGUUUUUUUCUUGGACGCUA